GUUUGUCAAUCUGUACUUUGCCAUAUGCAUAUUCUGCUACAUAUUUACUAGGGUUAUUCAAGGCGUCUCUUUCAACAGGGUUACACCACCAUUAAUUGAUGCAAACUGGCUUGAGAAAACUGAAAGUCAAGGCCUUUGAUUUGUAUCUGCCUAACUGCAGUGUUUGUGGCGUGGUCUUGUCUCACAUACCGAUUGUUACCAGUUUUGCAAUAAGGCCUGAGAGUACUAAAGACUGCAAGAUCAUCUCACCGAGCUGUUAGCUUGCCUUCAAGAGGACAGAUCGUUUUCCAUCAAGAUAACAAAUAUUCUUUAAAACAAGAUUCUACUUCAUUGUUUCAAAUUCAAUACACAAGGAAGAUAGUCUACUUCCCAGACAACACAAUGACAAUGCCAGUCUUUCCCCUUGAUAUGGCCCUCAGUACAAAAAUUAUGUCUGUCAGCGCCGCUGAAGUACGGCCACUAAUUGGUAACUUAGCUAGUGACAGCAAUCUUCGUGAUUCAAUCAAAUUGCCUAUAAUGACGCCCGAAAAAGAGGAACUUGCAUCUCAUACAAGUACUAUUGACUCUAGUCUUUCGAUCACUACAACUGUGUCCAGAGCACAGCAAAGCACGUCAUCGGAUUCGAUCAUCACCAUGUCAUUGCAAGAGCAGAUUGCGAAAACACUACUUCUGCCAUUGCCCAAGCGUCACCAUGCUAUGCCAGCUUAUUUUUCGGUUAAGGGGCACCUCAACUCGAAAUUUUCUCAUCUUAGGAAGCGCCGAUGCACGCAAUGCGAGCGACAUCGGCUACAAUGCCUAAAAGAAAGCGCUGAUGUGGAAUGUAAAUCAUGCAAAGAUGCUGGAAAAAAGUGUGUCUUUAACACGCGAUUUUUGAAGGCAGACAGACUCUUGGACUUUAAGACAUCGGACAAGAACAAGGCUUCUGAGAGUUCUUUAUACCAGUCCAGCGAGCAGCCCAAUACGGAACUGUCUCGGACUCGGGGUUCAAUAGUGCUUGGACACAGUCCUAUCUAUCAACGUCAAUCGACUGACGACACAAUAAACCUUGACCAAAAUUCGGCGAAUACAUUGGCUUUGUCGAUAGAUGCCACGGUUUGCGAACAGAGACAAAGGGAAGCAUUAGGUUCCAACAGCAUUGGGUCUAGGUAUCUCGAAAGGGGGACUUAUGCACCAUCAAAUGCUUUCGCGAGGCAAAGCUGCGAUAUAGACAACAUUCGCUCUAGACUCGGUAGAGAAAGCGUCGAUGACGACCAGAUCACCAGUCCAUUAGCAUAUUUGGAGACACUGAUACUCCAAUACACUGAACUGGUAAAAGGCAGUUCUAUGGCACCACUAGCCAGGGCCAAAAGCUUUUGGGAACUUCUUUGCAUCGAGGAUGAAAAGGUUCCUGCUUCGAAUGCUGACACGACGCUGGCUAAUAUUCGCGGCUUAUUGGAUGUUCCAACUGGGGUACUCAUCAGGCAAAAAGUUGACUAUCCUUUGUUGAAAACGCAUCUGAAACCAUUGGAUUUUCUGAGGGGAGUAAUUGCAUACAUCAUAUGCGAUUUUACCUUCCAAGGAAACUCAGCUUUCCGUGACGAUGCAAUAUUACGGAAGACAGCAUACCUUUGCUUUUCCGAGCACGUUGCAGAUAUAUUUUUGCAGGAAUAUCAUCGGCAAAUGGCAGAGACCCAGCCUUUUGAAGACCGCAUGAAAUUGCGUCGCACAAGCAUGUCAGAAAAAAUGAAUAUGAUCAUGCAGCCCUUGAUUGGUGCUGGUGAUAAUAUGAAUAGUUUUCACGAAAGCAUGGCAAAAGUGGGCAAUGAGCUGCACAACAUCGUGGGGUCAUACAAAGGAGAGUUUGAAAGCAUUUGGGCGCCUCCCGAUUCAAAGUUCGACUCGAGGAUACACGCCCUAGAUGACUCUCAAUUGCAUCCGAACUUUGUUAUCGAAGGUGGAGACGUUCUCAUAACUACAUGUUUUGGAGUCAAGUACAAAGCUCCGGGUAGAGACUGGAGAGUUUGCGCCCCCGCAAAAGUAAUCUUAGCCCCACCAACCAUGGUGAGAUCAACAAUCAAACGCGGUCGGGAGGAAGAUUUACCGUCUGCUCGGAAGUCCCGGAAAUGA